CAGCAGGGCAAUGCUGGGAGGUGGAAGUGGAACUGUAAUUGGUUUCGAGCAGAACACACACAACUGCCAGCAGCUGUUCAACAACUCUAUUCACACGGACGCCACCUGAAUUAUACAGAAGAUGUUGACUGUGACAACCCCUCUCGCGAGUUCUGCCAAUGCAACACAUGAGAAUUCGUCGCAGGAAUCCUUCUGCCCAUUGACGAGCGAGUACAAAUAUAUGAUCUACUCUGUGGUCUACAGCUUUGUGUUUAUCAUUGGUCUGGUCUCAAAUGUGGGUGCCCUCUUUGUAUUCUGCCGCAUUGCCAAGAGGAAGAAUGCCAGCACCAUCUAUCUCAUGAACCUUGCCAUCGCUGACCUCCUCUUCUGCCUCAGCUUACCCUUGCGUAUCGUCUACUACCUGAGAAGGGGUGAUUGGCCGUUUGGAGAUUUCCUGUGUCGCGUCUCAGGGCACAUUUUCUACGUCAGCAUGUACUGCAGCAUUUUCUUCCUGACCUGUCUCAGCAUUUCCCGAUACCUGUCUCUUGUACACCACAUAAAACACCAGAAGAUAUUUACGUUCCGCUGCUGUGUGAUAACAUGUGUCAGCGUUUGGCUGUUUGUUUUAGUCUCUUCAGCUCCUUUCCUCUUAACUGGUACUCAUCAAUUCGAGGGCAAGGUCAAGUGCUUCGAGCCCGUGAAUGUGACUUCAUGGGUCCACAUUAUGUGGAUGAACUAUUUUGCUCUCACUGUUGGAUUCCUCCUCCCGUUCUCUAUUAUCCUUCUCUGUUACUUAGUGAUGAUAAAACAUUUAGUGAGAUUCACCUGCAAGACCAAACGGUUCAAGAGAGACGUGGCAAUGACCAUCCUGGUCCUGUUGGUGUUUUUCGUCUGUUUCCUUCCCUACCAUGUGCAGAGGACAGUGCAUUUGCAUUUCCUGGUUCAUCACCAUAGCAACUGUGAUCUGGAAAACAUCCUGCGCAAGUCUGUCGUGGCUACCUUAUGCCUGGCGGUGGCCAACAGCUGUUUUGAUCCCCUUCUUUACAUCUUUGUGGGCCAAGGCUUUAGAACGUUUAUUAAAAUGUGGCUGAAGAAGAAAGAGGUGGAUCCCAGGUACAGCUCCUCCACUAGCAUGCUUGCCAUCAGUCUGGCAUUCAUCCAGCGCAGCAGGGAGCUAGAGGUAUUCAGCUUGUCACCACAACAUUCCUGUCAGACCCAGAAUUGCAUAGAAGCAAAGGAAGAAAAUGAUGCAAGCAAAACGGAGAAGCUCAUUACUGAUGGAGAGAACGGUGAACAGUUGGAAUAGUUGACCAGAAAGAUUACCACUAUCUUAACUAACAAAGACUUAGCUUUCUAAGCUGUGUUGACAGACCAAUUCUGCGCGAAUUGUUAAGCAGAGAUUUCAAAAGCAUUUUGCUCAGCAGGAUUCGAAUGGGCUAUCAUUGAUUUGUCUUCUCGCCUGUCACUGGGAGCUCAUGCACAGGACUUUAAACAAAGGAGACAAGCAGAGAGAAGUAUUUGUCAUAUGUUCAUAGAAACAUCGAAGCAUGAGGAUUGUGCUGGGGGUUACCCGCAUGCUUCCGGUGCCACAGCUGACUCGCCCUAAGCCUUACCAUACAUCUUUCAAAUGUGGGAGGAAACCAUAGUGUCCAGAGGAAACCCACAUGGUCACAGGAAGAGUGUACAGACAGCGGUGGAAUUUGAAUCCCAACCAGUGCUCACUGGCACUGUAAAGCAACUGUGCCAACCGCUACCUUACCAUGAACUUUGAAACCGUGUUUAAAAUGUGGAUGUUGACGUAAGUUCCUCAUACCUCAAAUUCCAGCACUUUGCAGAUAUUCGUUGACAUUUUAAAGAUGACCUGGGGUUUAUCCCCCAAGGUUCAGCUAUAACAAGGUUAAAAUCCUUGUUCAAUCUCAAAGAGGCUUUGGAUUUGGACUGAGAAAGGUCAUCCCAAAAUCUCAUGUGACCUCUCUGCAUCAGGAUUGAGAGUUCUAAGAACUAAGAGAAGACUCGUAGCUAAAUAUUUCUCAGAUCAACUAGUUUGAAAGACAAAAUAAAAUUUCAAUUAAAAAAAUUGAACCUGUCACAUCGCAAGAAUGAACAAUAAAAGAAUACUAGUGUGGUACAGCCAUAUAAUUUCUGCUUGUAAAUUAUUUGUUAAAUCUGUUACUUGAGCAAUGCAUCACUUUAGAGACUGACUUCUGAAAGUGCAUCAGACUGAAGUGAACCGCUGGUGGGUUAACACCUCCUUAAGUGGAAGAAUUGGCUGUGCUCUUACUUGCUGUGUGCACUGCGAGCGAGAGGGCAUCAUGUUCCAUGCUGACAAUAAUCAAUCAAAACAAAGAGUUCAAAAGGAAGAGUGAUCCAACGGCCUCAAAGGACCAAGAACAGAAUGAAAAGUUUUGAAGAAUGAAGGAACUCAAACCCAGUUUCUGGGGAAUGUGUAACAAUGUGGUGUUUCACGAUAAACUGGAGUUAAUCUGCACUUUGAUGACUUUUUGUUAGCACCAGGAACUGUGGGGUCACGGCGUCGUAGAGAAGUACAGCACAGAAAAAGACCCUUUGGCCCAUCCAGUCCAUGCUGAAACCAUUUAAACUGCCUUCUCCCAUCAACCUGCACUAGGACUACAGCUCUCCAUACCCCUAUCAUCUAUGUACCUAUCCAAACUUCUCUUAAACAUUGAGAUCAAGCUCACAUGCACUAUUUGUGCUGGCAGCUUAUUCCACACUCUCACCAUCCUCAGUGUGAAAAAAAUUCCCCUCAUGUUCCCCUUAAACUUUUCAUCUCUCACCCUUAACCCAUGACCUCUGGUUGUGGUCCUCUGGUUCCAACCUCUGUGGAAAAAACCUGCCAGGCUUUACUCUAUCUAUACCCCUUGUAAUUGUGUAUACCUCUAUCAAAUCUCCUCUCAAUCUGCUACAUUCUAAAGAAUACCCUCCUCACCUCUUCAAUCUUUCCUUAUAACUCAGGUCCUCCAGACAUGGCAAUAUCCUUGUACAUUUUCUCUGUACUCUUUCAACCUUGUUUACGAGGUAGGUGACCAAAACUGUACGCAAUACUCCAAUUUAGGUUUCACCAAUGUCUUAUACAACUUCAACAUAACAUGCCAUCUCCUGUACUCAAUACUUUGAUUUAUGAAGGUUUCCUCUGGGUGGUCUGGCUUCCCCUCACAUCCUAAAGAUGUGCAGGUCAGCGGAUUAAUUGUUGUGGUAGAAUAUGAGAGUUAAAGGGAACAUGGGGAGAAGAAGAUAGAAAGGAAAAUAGUGGAUUUAGAUUCAGAUUUAUUUAUUUAUCACAUGUGUGUCAUAAUAUAGAGAGACAAAAAUGUUUGAAAACAGCCCAGGUGACGUAUGCCGGAGAUUUGAUGCUUUGAAGAAAUGCUUUACUAAAAUGAUGUAUUGGUUAUGUCAGCAACCAACACAACCCGAGGAUGUGCUAGGAGCAGCCCUUAAGUGACAGCACACACUUCAGCAUGACAAUAUAGCACGUCCAUGAUAUUCAGUGGAUCAGCACGGGCAGCUGCAGUAGUAAUGACAACAGAACAACCCCCCUUCCCUCCCUCUGCCCCCGCCUCCCCCAACACACAAACACACACACACACACACACACACACACACACACACACCACACAAACAGGCCAUCAACCCAGUCCCUGGGCCUCCAGCUUCCUGUCUAUGGAGGUAUGAAGGUAUUAGAUUGCUCCACGAGUAAAUAUCAGUACAAAUACGAGUAUUGCUGGAGGGAUGGCAUUGCCCCCUGAGUCAGUAUAAAACUCAAUGGGAUAAAAUGAGUUCCUUCUAUGUUAUACGGAAUAUGAAGGUCACAGAAACAAUCCCUUCAGCCCAUCAGUCUACACUGGCUACCCAUCCUUUCACACUUAUCUCACAUUAAUGCCAUUCUAAUUCUCCCCACAAUCUCAUGAGCUCCUCCAUUCUCCAAAAUCUACCACUCAACUAUGCCCUUUAGCUUACAGGGACCGAUUAACCAACCAAACUGCACGUGUUUGAGAUGUGGGAGAAACCAGUGCAGCCAGAGGAAACCCACAUGGCAUGGGGAGAACAUGGACACACACACACACACACACACACACACAGCAUCAGGGGACAAGAUUAGGUUGUCAAUGGCCAAUAAGGCUGUGGCUCUUCUUGCAAUAUAUUCAUAAUUAUAACUGUUCCACUUACUAUACACACAGUGGCCACAAUCUCAGUUACCUCCUGUAUCUGUGUAUAUGUUCGUGGUCUCCUUUUGCUGUAGCUCAUCCACUUGAAAAUUCAAUGUGUUGUGCAUUCAGAGAUGCUUUUCUGCACACCACUGUUGUAACAUGUGGAUAUUUGAGCUACAGUCAACUUCCUGUCAGCUUGAACCAGUCUAGCCUUUAUUCUCUGACCUUCCUUAUUAACAAGCUGUUUUUUUUCCACAGAACUGCAACUCACUGGAUGUUUUUUGUUUUUCACACCAUUCUCUGUCAACUCUAGUGUAGAGGUUCCCAACUUUCUUUUAUACCAUGGAGUCUUACCAUUCACCAAGGGGUCCUUCAAUUCCUAGUUGGGAACUCCUGCUCUAGAGGCGUGCGAAAAUCCCAGCAGAUCAGCAAUUUCUGAGAUACUCAAACCACCCCAUCUGGCACCAAUAAUCAAAGUCACUAAGAACACACUUCUUCCCCAUUCUGAUAUUUGGUCUGAACAAUAACUGAACCUCUUGACCAUGUCCACAUGCUUUUAUUUAUUGAGUUGCUGCCAUAUGAUUAGCUAAUUAUAUAGGACCAUAAGACAAAGGAGCAGAAGUUGGCCAUUCGGCCCAUCGAGUCUGCUGCGCCAUUUUAUCAUGAGCUGACCCAUUCUCCCAUUUAGUCCCACUCCCCCGCCUUCUCACCAUAACCUUUGAUGCCCUGGCUACUCAGAUACCUAUCAAACUCUGCCUUAAAUACACCCAAUGACUUGGCCUCCACUGCCGCCCAUGGCAACAAAUUCCAUAGAUUCACCACCCUCUGACUAAAAAAAUUUCUUCACAUUUCUGUUCUGAAUGGGUGCCCUUCAAUCCUUAAGUCAUACCCUCUCGUACUAGACUCUCCCAUCCUGGGAAACAACUUUGCCACAUCUACUCUGUCCAUGCCUUUCAACAUUCAAAAUGUUUCUAUGAGGUCUCCCCUCAUUCUUCUAAACUCCAAGGAAUACUGUCCAAGAGCGGACAAACGUUCCUCAUAUGUUAACCCUCUCAUUCCCGGAAUCAUUCUAGUGAAUCUUCUCUGUACCCUCUCCAAUGUCAGCACAUCCUUUCUUAAAUAAGGAGACCAAAACUGCCCACAGUACUCCAAGUGAGGUCUCACCAGGGCCUUAUGGAGCCUCCACAUCACAUCUCUGCUCCUAUACUCUAUUCCUCUAGAAAUGAAUGCCAAUAUUGCAUUUGCCUUCUUCACUACCAUAUAUUUACAUUAAUGAGCAGGUCCAAAAGUGUACUUAAUAAAGUAGCCACUGAGUGUAUGCUGGAAAGUAAAAGAAAUGGAGGUACACACCAAUCUGCCCUAACCUAGCCAGACCCAUGGCAGCUCAUGUACUGAUUUCACACCAAAUCUCACCUUCCAUCUACAAUGCUUCCAAUGUUACUGACAAUAACUAUUGUAAUGUAGGUCAGAUUGUUGUCGCAUAAUCUUAAUAUAUUGAUAAUUUAAAAGGCUUCAUAUAUUUUUCUAAUUGUAUAUUAAA